AUGCAACCUACUUGUGCGGCGGUGCCCCUCUCACAGCCGGCGUUGACGCGGCGGGGUGUUGAGUUCACGCGGACCGCGUGGGCCGCCGGACUGCGGCCGGACGAACGCCGCCCCGCCCAACUGCGGCCUGUCGCCGUUGACUUUCCGCUUCCCGCCCGAAAUGUCGCCCGCGUCCGCUGCGGGGGGACUGUCGUGAUCGCCACCGCCGCCGACCGCCUCGUCGAGCCGCACCCACGACGGCCGCGGCACGGAAUGCUCAACUGCAAUGUCCGGCAGAACCCGACAGAGCGGGACGCGCAGGCGCAGUCGCAGGCACGAAGACAACUCGCAGCAUUUCUUGAGCGAGUUAUCAAGGGAGGUGGUGUGCUAGAUACGGAGAGUCUCUGCGUAUUGCCGGGGAGGCGAGUGUGGAGUAUCACUAUUGAUGUUGUUGUGCUGAAUGAUGAGGGGAACACGACAGACGCGGCGAUGUGGGCCACCAUGGCAUUGCUGUUGCACUACAGGAGACCAGAGAUUACCGUGCGUGGUAACAACGUCAUUGUACAUCCCCCACACGAGCGAGACCCCGUCCCACUAUCUAUACAUCACACUCCACUUUCCUUUGGUUUCGCCAUCACAACGGCACCGGGGGCACGGGAGAAGUUGGCGCGGCAAACUGGAACCAGUGUAUCAGAAGCCGCACUAGAUGUCGUUGUGGAUCCAACAGUGGAGGAGUCACUCGCAGCAGCAGCCACACUAGUUGUGGCUAUCAACACGGAGGGUCAAGUAUGUGCGGUGUCAAAGACAGAAGGAUGUUGCAUCCGCGUGCCAGAGCUCAAUCAGUGUAUUCAGACAGCAUCUGCUUUAGCGCCACGCGUUAUGGAGUUAAUUCGGGAUGCUAUGGCCGCACAUGAUAAAAAAAGGCAAGAGUCAGUUAAAGGACAAUUCCUUUGGGCACAGAAACGUGCUGGUGUCAGUAGGACAGAAGAACCGGAAUCAGCAAAGAAGAAAAAAGAAGAGGCGUGA